AUGCCUUCUAAAAAUACAAAACCUGUUCCUCAACAUAUUCUUGAUGCUAAUUCUGCUCCUGAAAAUUCUGAAAAUGAAACAUCAUGUGAAAAAACAAAUCAAUUAGCAUAUAAUAAACAAUCUGAUGAUGAAUUUGAUGAAUUUGAUAAUAAAGAAUUUGAUCCUAAUCAAAUUUCAAUUUAUCAAGCAACAAGUAUUGCUGAAAGUACUGAAAUUGAAGUUAGUAAAGAAAUAGUUGCAGUUAAAAAAAGAAGAACAGAAGAAUUAGAUCCAAAAAAAUUAUUUUAUGAAAAUGUAUAUUUUUUAGUUAAAAAUUAUAAAAGAAAACAAAAAAAACUUACAGAAAAAAAUAAAUUAACUGCAUAUGAAUAUUGA